AUGACGAAGGGUCCGAACGUGCUGGCGGCAGGCACUAAAUGUUUGGCGUUCCAUGGCCCGCUUUUGUACGAAGCCAAGAUUAUCAAGUCAUAUAAUCCGGCAGUGAAACAGGCUAUGUCCAGGGCGCCGCCAAGUGAGGGUGGAGAGAAGAAAGCCGAUAUUUCAGACCUUCCUUCGGAAUUCAAGGAGAAGGUCGCUUAUUUUGUACAUUAUAAAGGAUGGAAAUCCACGUGGGACGAGUGGAUUGCUGCGGAUCGUGUUCUACAAUGGAAUGAAGAGAAUCUUCGUACUCAGAAGGAACUCAAACAGGCGGCUCUGGCAGCCGUUAAUCAGAACAAAACUAAGAAGACAGCUGCUUCUUCGUCUUCUACAGCAGGUGCCGCCACAAAUGGUGUGUCGGGGUCCUUGGCUGGUGAAACUAGUUCAAAACGUAAAGAUGCCCCAAAAGAAGAGUCGGGCUUAUCGUUCUCAAGGAGUCAUAAACGAUCCCGUCCCUCGGGUCAAGACGAUUUAGAGCGUGAGGAAGACUUUAUUAAACGAUUGGAAAUAAAUAUCAUGGUACCUGAUUCUUUGAAAUCACUUUUGGUCGAUGACUGGGAAUAUAUCACUAAAGAGCACCAACUGCUAAGCCUGCCUCAAAAACCGAAUGUAGUGGAAAUUCUCAAAAAAUACAGAGAUUCUAAACCCAAGAUGCGUGUUGGAAGCAGUGAAGCUGAAAUCCUCGAUGAAGUCAUUUCUGGAUUGAAGCUCUAUUUUGAUCGUUCCCUCGGAAAUAUGCUGCUGUACAGGUUCGAGCGACAACAGUAUCUGGAGAUUCGGAAAGCCCAUCCUGAUAAAGAGAUGAGUGAAUUGUAUGGAGCUCAACAUCUUUUGCGACUAUUUGUAUCACUACCAAACCUAAUCGCCUUGACCAAUAUGGAUCCUCAGGGCGUAUCGGUUCUCAAAGACCAUUUAGAGGACUGUCUGCAAUUCUUGGCCAAGAAUCGAGAUCAGCUAUUUACCAAAGCCUAUGAAAACACUUCUCAGCGUUACGAAGCAUUUGCAAAGGGUGUUUAG